CAGGUCUUGCGGGAGAAGGCGUGCGACUUGGCGCUGGAGAACCAGGAGCUCCGCGGCCGCCUGGGUUUGGGCGCCCUGAAGGUGGAAGAGGAGGAGGAGAGCAAGUUCCAGGUUGUGAAGGAAUCGCAGGUGGAUGAGAUUAGAUUGGUGACCGGGUCCGCUGAGUCCGGCACUCAGACUACGUGUUCCUCUGCAGCAGGUGCAGGCCCAGCAGUCACCAUUUCUGAUAACUUCCAUGUGGAUUCUGAUGGCAGUGACUCUUCAGACUCAGAGUCUGAUCUCCUGUUGGGCUUUCUGGACAGUCUGGAUCCAGAGAUGUUUCUCAGAUACGCCGAUUCAGAGUCAACGUGCCUGGAAAAGCUGGAGGAAGAGAUCUGUGGAGAAACAAAUUCCAUACCAACCUCCCCCUCUCCUUCUUUGGGGUCCUCAUCAGCUAAGCUGGAGGCCAUUAAUGAACUGAUAAGGUUUGAUCACGUGUACACGAAGCCCCUGAUGCUGGAGAUUCCUGUUAAAACGGACGACCAAACCAAUAUGCUAGUGAAAAUUGAGGAAGUAGCUCUCUCUCCAUCUGAAGACAAAGCUAUCCCCGAGGUCCCAGUAUCUGUGAAAGAGGAACCUGUAGACAGCUUCAUGCCUGAACUGGGCAUCUCUCAUCUGCUUUCCUCUCAUCGUAGCCUUGCAGCCUCAAGCUAUCUGCUGGAUGCCUGUAGUGACUCUGGAUAUGAAGGAUCCCUGUCGCCCUUCAGUGACAUGUCCUCUCCACUGGACGCUGACCGUUCUUGGGAGGACAGCUUUGCCAAUGAACUCUUUCCCCAGCUGAUCAGUGUCUAA